UAAACAACAUAGAUCAUCACCAUGGCUAAAGUAAUUGCAGCUUUCUCCAUCUUCGUUCUGAUCUCAUCCUUCCUUUCAGUUGGAGGAAACUUGAAGACAAUCAAAGCACAGAAAACAUGGUGUGUGCCUAAGCCAUCAUUGAAUGAGGGGACACUGAUGGAAAACAUAAACUUUGCCUGCUCAGAAGUUGAUUGCAAGAAGGUUCUACAGAAAGGGUUGCCAUGUUAUUCACCAGAUAAUCUUAUGAACCAUGCUGCCAUUGCCAUGAAUCUUUACUAUCAAUGCAAAGGAAGGAACAAAUGGAACUGUGAUUUCAAAAACUCUGGCCUUAUCACUCUUUCAGAUCCCAGUUAUGAUAAUUGUGUUUUCGAGUAGGCUGGAGAUUGAUCAGAAGUUUGGGGGAGUUACAUACUAGUUAAUUAAUUAAUAACUUAUUUCCAAA